CAAUGAGAUGAUAGAUAGUUGCAUAUAUGCUGUAUUUGCUUUCUGGUUUCUCUUCUAUCCUCUAGCCGGAUACUUGGCAGAUGUUCGAUACGGCAGAUAUAAAGUUGUGAAAUGUAGUGUGUGCACCAUGUGGUGUGGACUCUUGACUUAUAUUGUCGCUGUAGCCAUUGUGAAUGCCAUUAUUGCGACAAUUAUGGCAUGUUUGCCAGACCUUUCCUCCAGUAUUCUAUCAUAAUUAUUUAAUAGUAGUGAAUUGUGUACUUGGAGUGUUUCUACUUAUCUGCUUGUUGAUUGCAUUUGCUGCAUUUUUAGCCAAUGUUAUUCAGUUUGGGGUUGAACAAUUAAAUGAGUCUCCUUCUAGAGACAGCUUUCUUUUCAUUCAUUGGUUUCUCUUCACACUCUAUAUUGGAAUAAGCCUUGGAAAAAUAGUGUCAAGUUCAGUUUUUGCCACAUUUUUAACAAGCCUUUCAUUACUUGGACUUGUUCUGUUAGUUGAGCUAAUUUGUUUGCCAGUAACUUUUUGUGUUGCUAAGCGCAAGUGGUUUGUUAUUGACACUGGCAUUGGUAGCCCUUACAAAGAAGUUGCAAGAGUUGUCGGCUUUGCAAGAAGAAACAAGAUUCCUAUUCAACGCAGUGCCUUUACAUUCUGGGAGGAUGACAUACCCACUGGACUGGAUCUAGGCAAGGACAAGUAUGGAGGACCAUUUACUACCGAGCAGGUGGAAAAUGUGAAAUCUUUUUUUGGAAUUUUUGUCAUUUUACUAUCACUUGGACCUUUCUUUACAGCUGAUAUUGCUGCAGCACCUUUUCUCAGUAUACUGAAAAAUCACAUGGAUACAGAGACUCUCCUUGGGAUUACUUUAAGAAACCUUUCUUACUCCAUAUUCGCUAAUGGUGGCACGCUGUACCCUGUGUUUCUCGUUGUUUUUGUUCCUAUUUUCUCAAGUUUAUUCAUCCUCUGUUCCAAAAAUAUCUCCCUGGUAUUCUGAGGCGAAUUGGAAUUGGUCUUUGUUUUAUCACUGUUAGUCUGUUUUGCUCGCUGUUUGUUGACACGAUUGGUCACAUUCUCCCUAGUGGCAAUAAUAUUUCAGUGUUUGCUCCUGGACAUUACGAAACUGAUAACUAUUUUGUUGCUGCUCCCUCCCUUCAACUUAGCCCCUACAUUCUCAUUAUUCAGCAAGUCCUUGUUGCUGUGGCCUAUGUCUUUAUCUAUGGUGGAGUGUUUGAAUUCAUCUGUGCUCAAAGCCCUCACUCUAUGAAAGGAUUUCUCAUUGGAAUUUUAUUUGCCAUUAAAGGACUAUUUCAAUUGAUCGGUGUUCUUGGAAUUCUUCUACCGUUUAGUUUCUGGCAAGAAUCCCCUAGAGCUGGACUGAUUUAUUUCCUGGUGAACAUUGUUAUUUCAGUCGCAGGUGUUGUGGCUUUCAUAGUGGCAGCAAAGAGGUAUCAGUAUCGACAGCGAGAUGAACUUUGUAAUGUAAGAAAGUACAUUGAAGAAGUUUACGAGAAGGAUGUUAAUCACAAUCGGGAAUUUGAAGAUCUAGAUGUUCACUUUAGUGAUUCUGACUCAGAGACCCAAUGACUGUAUAGUGAUAAUAAAAUACUGUGAUGCGGAUAGUUGAGUAAUUGGUUUGUAUUACGUGUAAUGUAUAUUCAAGUGAGAUUGGCUAUUGUUAAAUGUUUGAAGAUCUAGUAUAGUAAUCCACCCUCUCUUCCUUGAAGCAAAUUCAGUAGUGAAAGUACUUUUUGGUGGUAUGUAAUGUACUUAGAACUAAUGUGGAACUAAUGGGUGUUGUGGUCACAUUGAAGCCUAGUGGCCACAGCCACAGCCCACAGGUCCCAUAUGACUACAAUGCCACCUGUUGCCACAGGUAAUAGGUUCUAUAUGACCACAAUGCCAUGCACCUGUCGCCACAGGGCUCAAUAGUUGCUGUACGUCAAUAGUUGCUGCAUACAUACGUGCAUGGCACUUCACAUUACCACCCCGUAGAUAAAAAUUGGCCUGGGAUUAGCUGGGAAUGAGGCUAGCCCAACUCCACAAAUGUAUGAAGCCACAAGGAUAGUUAACCACAAGUCAGUUAUAGCACUGCCAUAUGCCAGGCAGAUAUACUGUCACUCAGAACCUUUGCGGCCACCCACCACUGUGCAGAUCUAAAAUGUCAUCCCAUUGUUUAUAAAGGUAUCCCAAUGUUGACAGAGCUCCACCAUCUGUAUACCAUUUGGUGCAAUCAUCGACUAUCUUCCACAGUCUCUCCUUCAACAGUGUCAUCUUCGCUUGAAUUUUCCACGUAGCAUAGUUACUACUGUUCAGCGGAACAACCGAUACCGUACUUCUAACGCUCUCAGCCAUGUUCAUGCAACUGCUGCAACAAACAAGUUUACUGUCGCGACGAACAAGUUAAACACCAAGACGACAAACAGAAAAACCUGGCUUACAAAAUAGUCUCUACCGCAACGAACAAGUUAAGCACCAAGACAACGACAAAAUAGUCUCUACUCACUUCAGCUAGCUAGCACUGUGACACUGGGCCCAUAACCUAUUGACAUCCGGUUCAGCUGCAUGUGCUCAGCUAGAUCAAAGAAAAUGAAACAUUCGAACACAAAUCAUGCAGGAAAUGAACUAAGAACACAUGGCAUUAUAAGAGUCCACAGAGAAUGUUCUAGAAGUAUACUUAAUAUAAGUAUAUUCUUAAUAUAUAAUUAUGCAUGUCAGCAUAAUUCGCGAGCCUUACACUAGCGACUUAUACACAUGCCUUUUUCUGUUUGUAUAUGUAAGACUGUAUAUUUGUAUGUAUAUAUGUAUGUAAUUGUACAUCGCACUAACAAAACUUACGCUCUUUAUUACUGUACUCAAAUCAAAUCGCUCCGUUGAAGCGAAGUAAACAAACCUCUUUAUACCUCACUUAAUGAAUUAAGUCGUUCGAUUGAUCUACGUACAUUUUCUAUAUAUGUGCUGGCUUCGCUUGCCCUCAAUGUUUAGCAAAACGGACAAUAACUUUUUACCGUAAUGACCUUCAUUAUAUCGUUAUAAUUAUAUGGAGAAUGAUCGUGAAUCUAUGAAGCAACGAUUAGAUUGAUGAAGUGAAUCGAUCUACCGUAUUACUAGAAUGUUUUGCGAGCAUCUAAACAUUUGUGAACUUUUCGAUGGUUGAUCAAUUCGCAACAAUAAAAUCCGCAAAAUUAUACACACGAUCCUUGCCAGAAUGCAAUAGUUAGAUCGCAAAGGGUCAAAAUUUCUGAUAAUUUGGUUCUUUCAUUCAUAAAAGUUUUUCACCUGCAAAGUGUUCUAGUAAUACGGUAUAGUUCGCUCAUUUUUUGUGUCCACACACACCGAUUAUUCUACCCCUGCUGUGUGCUACCCACACAGCGGGAUAAUGAUUUGGUGUUUUCUGGUACAUGUUGUAGGGCUUCUCUAUAAUUCUGCCACAAUAGUUUUUUUUAUUGCUUCUGAUUAGAACAAGGGUGUUCAGUGAGCAAUAACUGGAAAUUUCUUUAGGUAUAGCUAUAAGUGCACUAAGAACAAUGGCUAGUUGUGAGCAAGGAACUAUAGAGCAAGCUUCCCUUCAUGAAACUCCUGCACCAGAUGUCAGCAGAGAUGCCACUGAAGCCACAUCACUCGUGACAAGUAAUCAUGGGAAACAUGGCAAAAAGAAAAGUGUGCUGAUCAGGUCAAAGGCUGCAAUAAUGAUUCUCGUUUGGACUGCAUUAAUGUCUUUCAUCUAUGGUAGUUUUCUAAACCCUGAAAAUUAUUUCUUGUUCACUUACAUAUUGACGAGAGUAAACCCAAUACUUAACAGUGAGGUGAUAGAUAGUGGCAUAUACGCUGUGUUUGCUAUCUGGCUUCUCUUCUAUCCUCUAGCCGGAUACUUGGCAGAUGUUCGAUAUGGCAGAUAUAAAGUUGUGAGAUGUAGUAUGUGCACCAUGUGGUGUGGACUCUUGACUAUUGUUGUUAUCGGUGGUAUUGUGAACGCCAUUUUUUGGCCUCUGUUAUUAUUAAUUUGGUCUCCCCCUUCCUUCACAGCUCUAUAUGCUUUUUUCGGGACAGGGAUGGGUAUGCUUGUACUUUUCCUACUUAUCUCCCUGUUGAUUGCAUUUGCUGGAUUUUUAGCCAAUGUUAUUCAGUUUGGGAUUGACCAAUUAAAUGAGUCUCCUUCUAGAGACAGCUUUCUUUUUAUUCAUUGGUUUCUCUUCACAUUAUACAUUGGAAUAAGCUUUGGGAAACUGUUAUGGAGUACAAUUAAUGCCACUGGUCUCUUAGGCCUUUCUAUAUUUGGACUUGUCCUGUUUGUUGUGCUAAUUUGUAUGCCAGUAACUUUCUGUGUUGCUAAGCGCAGGUGGUUUGUUAUUGACACUGGCAUUGGCAACCCUUACAAAGAGGUUGCAAGAGUUGUCGGCUUUACAAGAAGAAACAAGAUUCCUAUUCAACGCAGUGCCUUUACAUUCUGGGAGGAUGACAUACCCACUGGACUGGAUCUAGGCAAGGACAAGUAUGGAGGACCAUUCACUACUGAGCAGGUGGAGAAUGUGAAAUCAUUUUUUGGAAUCGUUAUCCUUUUAUUUUCAGUAGGACCAUUUUUCUUUUCUCAGUAUUCUUAAACAUCACAUGAAGGCUGAGAACAUUUCGUUGUUUAAUACUGGUUCAGGUAACGUAGUUGACUCUAUGUUCACUAAUGGCACUCUUUAUCCUGUCUUUCUUGUUGUUUUUGUUCCUAUUUUUCUCAAGUUUAUUCAUCCUCUGUUUCAAAAGUUCUUCCCUGGUAUUCUGAAGCGAAUUGGAAUUGGUCUUUGUCUUGUCACUGUUAAUCUGUUUUGCUCACUGUUUGUUGAGACGUUUGGUCACCUCCAUAGCAGCUAUGAUGCUACUAUUUCAAUGUUUACUCCCGGACAUUUUAUUGAUUAUGUAUAUUAUGACUCAUAUUAUAAUGUUACAUAUAAUGUUACUUAUUUUAUUGCUGCUCCCUCACUUAAUGUCAACCCAUACAUUCUCAUUAUUCAGCAAAUCCUUAUUGCUAUGGCCUAUGUCUUUAUCUAUGGAGGAGUGUUUGAAUUCAUUUGUGCUCAAAGCCCUCACUCUAUGAAAGGAUUUCUCAUUGGAAUUUUCUUUGCUAUUAAAGGACUAUUUCAGUUGAUCGGUGUUCUUGGAAUUUUUUUACCUUUUAGUUUCUGGUGGCCCUCCCCUUAUGUUGGACUGGUUUAUUUCCUAGUGAACAUUGUUAUUUCAGUCGCAGGUGUUGUAAUUUUCAUAAUAGCAGCAAAGAGGUAUCAGUAUCAUCAGCGUGAGGAAUUGUGCAAUGAGCGAAAGUACAUUGAAGAGUUUUACGAGAAGGCUGUUAAUCACAAUCGUGAAUUUGAGGAUCUAGAUGUUCACUUUGAGAGUGAUUCUGACUCGGAGACCCAAUGACUGUGUAGUGACUGUGAUACGGAUAGUUAUUUAUACUUGAGUAAUUGGUUUGUAUAAUUAAUUGUCUCAAUUGUCUAUUAGUAGUAAUCCACCCCCUUCCUUCUUGUAAAUUUAGUAGUGAAAGUACUUUUGUGGUAUAUGUACUGUGCUUGCAUUGGUGGCUUUGUGGUCACAUUGAAGCCUGGUGGUCACAUUGAAGCCUGGUGGCCACAGGUUCCGUCCGACCACAAUGCCACCUGUCGCCACAGGCUCAAUAGUUACUGUACGUGCAUGGCACUCCAAAUCAUACCCAAUCGUAUAUAGCUAUACCACCCUGGUUUAAAAUAAUGACCUUAACACAUUUCAUUAUUGAGAAUGAUAGUGAAUCGGGGGUAGUGAAAGUACUUUUUGGGGUAUGCACUGUACCUGCAUUGGUGGGAAUUAUUGGUGUUGUGGUCACAUUGAAGCCUGGUAGCCACAUGACCACAAUGCCACCUGUCGCCACAGGGGUCAAUAGUUUCUGUACGUGCAUGGCACUCCAAAUCAUACCCAAUCGUAUAUAGCUAUAUACCACCCUGUUUAAAAGAAGUCUUUACCGUAUUAUGACCUUAUGACCUUAACACAUUUCAUGAUCGGGAAUGAUCGUGAAAUCUAUAAAGCAACAAUUAGAAGUGUUUUUUGUCGCAAUCGAAGAUUGCCUACAAGUUUCAACUAUAACUAGCCUAAAAUACUGUCUCUCAUUAACAAUUAAAGCAGUCAAUGAAAGUGUCUACUUCGCUCUAUAACAGCUCAUUUUUGUGUCACACACACACCAAUCAUGCACUCUACCCCUGCUGCGCACCGCACGCACAGGGUAAUGAAUUUAAUUAUGGCGUUUUCUGGGUGCAUGUUGUAGGCCUCCUCUAUAUUCUUGCCACAAUAAUUUUUUGAUCUUCUGAUUAGAACAAGGGUGUUCAGUGAGCAAUAUCUUUAGGUAUAGCUAUAAGUGCAGUAAGAACAAUGGCUAGUUGUGAGCAAGGAACUAUAGAGCAAGCUUCCCUUCAUGAAAUUCCUGCACCAGAUGCCAGCAGAGAUGCCACUGAAGCCACACCACUCGUGACGGGAAAUAUGGUAACAAGAAAAGUGUGCUAAUCAAGUCAAAGGCGGCAUUAAUGAUUCUUAUUUGGACUGCCUUAAUGUCGUUGAUCUAUGGUAAUUUUCUGAACCCUGAAGUUUACUCUUUCUUAGCCAAUACACCACAACUCGGUUUUGAGACUCUUGAGAUAAAAAUUGCUGGUGGUGUGUAUGCUGUAUUUGCUUUCUGGUUCCUCUUCUCUCCUCUAGCCGGAUACUGUGCAGAUGUUCGAUAUGGCAGAUAUAAAGUUGUGAGAUGUGGUGUCUGUACCACGUGGUGUGGACUCUUGACUGUGACUGUUAUCGGCGGUAUUGUGAACGCCAUUUUUUGGCCACUGAUGUUACAUAGCAAUUCGGUUGCAAAUAACCCUUCAUACAUACCAUGGGUUUUGUUCGAGUUAGCAAUGGGUGCACUUGGACUUUUUCUUCUUAUAUCCAUUUGGAUUGCAUUUGCUGGAUUUUUAGCCAAUGUUAUUCAGUUUGGGGUUGACCAAUUAAAUGAGUCUCCUUCUAGAGACAGCUUUCUUUUCAUUCACUGGUUUCUCUUCACACUCUAUAUUGGAAUAAGCUUUGGGAAACUGGUAUGGAGUACAGCUUCGUUAUUUAUCUAUAGCUUUUCUAUGUUUGGACUUGUCCUAUUAGUUGAGCUUAUUUGUAUACCUGUAUCAUUCUGUGUUGCUAAGCGCAGGUGGUUUGUUAUUGACACUGGCAUUGGUAAUCCUUACAAAGAGGUUGCAAGAGUUGUCAGCUUUGCAGGAAAAAACAAGAUUCCUAUUCAACGCAGUGCCUUUACAUUCUGGGAGGAUAACAUACCCACUGGACUGGAUCUAGGGAAAGACAAGUAUGGAGGACCAUUCACUACCGAGCAGGUUGAGAAUGUGAAAUCUUUUUUUGGAAUUGUUGUCGUUUUACUUUCAAUGGGACCAAUUUUUACUGCUGAUUUUGCUGCAGCACCUUUUCUUAGUAUACUGAAAAGUCACAUGGUAGAAUGUCCUGUCAUUGAUUCACUUCAGGCUGCCAUUAGACAAAGUUUUCUCCUUAUAAUAACUAAUGGUAGCACUCUGUAUCCUGUGUUUAUUGUUGUUUUUGUUCCCAUUUUUCUCAAAGUUAUCCAUCCUCUUUUUCAAAAGUGCUUCCCUGGCAUUCUGAGGCGAAUUGGAAUUGGUCUUUGUCUCAUCACUAUUAGUCUGUUUUGUUCACUGUUUGUUGACACCAUUGGUCACCUUCUUCCUAGAGGCCAUAAUGCCUCUUCUGUGUUUACUCCUCAGGUCAAAUAUAAUGAUUUUGGCCCAUUUGUUGUUGAUCAAACCAUUCAUCUUAGCCCUUACAUUCUCAUUAUUCAGCAAGUCCUUGUUGCUGUGGCCUAUGUCUUCAUCUAUGGUGGAGUGUUUGAACUCAUCUGUGCUCAAAGCCCUCACUCUAUGAAAGGAGUUCUCAUUGGAAUUUUGUUUGCUAUUAAAGGACUUUUUCAGUUGAUUGGUGUUCUUGAAAUUCUUUUACCGUUUAGUUUCUGCAGGAUUCCCCUCGAGCUGGACUUGUUUAUUUCCUGGUGAACAUUUUUAUUUCAGUCGCAGGUGUUGUGGCUUUCAUAGUGGCAGCAAAGAGGUAUCAGUAUCGACAGCGAGAUAAACUUUGUAAUGUAAGAAAGUACAUUGAAGAAGUUUACGAGAAGGAUGUUAAUCACAAUCGGGAAUUUGAAGAUCUAGAUGUUCACUUCAGUGAUUAUGACUCAGAGACCCAAUGACUGUGUAGUGAUAUUAAAAGACUGUGAUGUGGAUAGUUAUUUGCAAUUUGUUUGUAUUACGUAUGAUGUAUAUUUAAGUGGAAAU